UCUUCCAAAAACUCUAUUCCCUUCGGACAAUCCAUCUUCUUCCCUAUUGUCUCUUUCUUCACGGAUUUCAAUAAAACCUUUGAUCCUUCCAUUUUUUUAAAGAAAAUUAAAUAAUAAUUCCUCUCUUGUUUCAUUUUUAAUUCUCUCUCUGGUUUGGUCUCUUCACGAUAGAGAGAUAGAGAGAUUUCAUAUGGUUCAUUUGAAUGGUCUGUGUGUGUAGACUCUCUACCACUGCUACUUCUUCGGGAUGUGUUUGUUCCAAUUUCGAAGAAACCACGAACCAACCCAUCCAUUGUAGGUUGCUUGGUUGGAAGCAAAACUGGCAGUUGGGGAAAUUCCUCUUUUGAGAAAACAAAAAAGCAUUGUUCUUUGAGUUGGGUUUCAUGGAUUGAAAAGAAAAAAAAAGCUCAAGGAAUAAUGGAUUACUUGUCUCAAGAGGAAGAUUUGCAAUUCUUCGAUGCCAAGGAAGAGAUGGUGUCAUCAAAUCCAAGUGGUUUCGAUUUUAAUCUAUGGAAUGAUUCACCUGGAAGUGUGGUGGAGCGGCGGAGGAAGUUCUUGGAGUGGAUGGGACUCGAAGAAGAUCUUGCUCAAUCGAAGAAUUCGGAUGUUGAAUCUGGAGCUCAAGAGAAUUGCAUUGAAGCUGAGCAGAGAUCUGGUGGAUUCAGCAGCUCUUCUAGUCAGGUAUCUUCCUCUAGUUCAAGCUUGGACGUGGAAGUUUCCGAGGAAUUGUCUCUGAGAGUGGACAAAAAUGUUGGUGGAUGCGAUGUAACGAGAAGGCGAAGCUCUUCAACGGCAUCAUGUUCAAACUCCAGGUGUUGCCAGGUUAGAGAAACAGAGAAGCAGAGCAAUGUCACAGGUCUAAUCACGAGUUUCAAGAAGGGAUGGUUAACGAGGCUGCGGUCUUUGGGAUGUAAAGCGGAUUCAAAGAUCGAGUCUGGUGGUAGAAUCAGAGCUUCUUCUGGAUAUGGUGAUGUGAUGUCCAGAGUUAAGGUCAAGCAUUGUAAGAAACAGGCAAAGGAGCUUUCAGCUCUUUAUCAGAGCCAAGACAUUAAAGCACACAAUGGUUCCAUCUUGGCCAUGAAAUUUAGUGGAGAUGGGAAGUAUCUUGCAAGCUCUGGUGAAGAUGGGGUUGUGCGCGUGUGGAAAGUCAUGGAGGAUAAACGAUCAAGACUACGAAGGAGGGAUUGCUUUAACGAGAUAAACUCUUCCUGUAUGUACUUUGAGGUAAAUGAUCUUUCCCAGUUGAAACCAGUUUUGUCGGAUAAGGAGAAACCAAACAUGACGACAGAGAGUUUUAAGAAAACAUCUGAUUCAGCCUGCGUCGUCUUCCCUUCUAAAGUUUUCCGGAUAAUGGAAACAUCGUUGUAUGAAUUCCGUGGCCACACAUGUGAAGUCUUGGACAUCUCUUGGUCAAAGGAUAAUUAUCUUCUCUCAGCGUCAAUGGAUAAAACUGUUCGGCUAUGGAAAGUUGGUAGCAACGAUUGUCUUGGAGUUUUCCCUCACAAUAGUUAUGUAACCUCUGUUCAGUUCAACCCUGUAAACGAGAAUUACUUCAUGAGUGGUUCAAUUGAUGGAAAAGUUCGGAUUUGGAACAUUUCUGGUUGCAACGUUGUUGAUUGGGCCGAUCUCAAAGACAUUAUAUCCGCAGUGUGUUAUCGCCCGGAUGGACAGGGAGGAAUCAUCGGUUCUCUGACUGGAAGUUGCAGAUUCUUUAACAUAGCUGGAGAAUAUUUAGAACUAGACUCUCAGAUACAUAUGCACAACAAGAAGAAGUCUUCAAAUAAACGGAUUACUGGUUUUCAGUUUUUACCACAAGACCCGAGCAAAGUCCUGGUUGUUUCUGCGGAUUCCAAAGUCAGAAUUCUUCAAGGCAACAAUGUCGUCAAAAAAUACAAAGGCGUUUGCAAGACGAGAAGACUCACAUCUGCGUCUCUCUCGUUUGAUGGAAAGCACAUUGUUUCAGCUUGUGAAGACUCCAAUGUAUAUAUAUGGAGCAAUGGGGAAGAAUCGGAUUCUUCUUCCCAAACCAAAAAGAUUCGAUCUUUUGAACGUUUCUCCACCAAUGCAUCCGUUGCAACAACCUGGUGUGGAUUCUCAGAUCAUAACACAACUCUCCCGUUUUCUUCUCCCUCUUUUUUAUCUCUCAGCGAAGGAUUUGUCCCUGGAUCGAUUUCCAAAGGAAACGCGACAUGGCCAGAGGAGAACCUACCCGUAAAUCCUCUAUCUACAUCCGCAAUGAAUGCAUCUCAUUACAAGUUUCUCAAGUCCUCUUACCAGAGAGCAACUAGCUCUCUUGCUUGGGGUAUGGUCAUUGUCACAGGUGGUUGGGACGGACGGAUCAGAACAUUUCAGAACUACGGCUUGCCAGUGACCACAACUUGAAAAUCGGUUUCUUUUGGAAAACAAAAUCAGAUGCCAUUGUUCCUUUCUUGCUAGGCACAAGCACAUGCUUCUUGGCAGGUCUUAAAGCUGAUGGUGGGCUCCAAAAAACCAAGAUCCAUUCUCAGAUUUAUGCUAUUGUUCAAGAGUCAAAAAGGAGAUUCAAGAAUGUGUUGAAGUCGUCCAGAUCAUGAUCCUGUAGAAAUCUUUGGAGAAGGGUCAGUGGGAGAUCUCUCUUGGGUUUGAUGUAGACGCAGGAGAUGAUAUGGAACAGAUGUUUCUUGUUUUGGCAGUAAGUGGCGGUUGGAGAUCGUUUCAAAAGAGUACGGUUUUGUCUGAAAAUUUGACAGGCGAUUGUGGGGUCCAACAAAGAGGCAAGUGAUCAUGGAAAGUAGUGGCUGAAGGAGAAAGACGUUGAUGUUACCUUCCACAAAUAAAGAUCCUCCUUUGAUCCUUUUGUGGGGGGUUAUGAAAAAGAAAAAAAUCUAACGGUAGUGAAAGUUUCCAUUCGUUAAUUCGGUGUAAUUUGAUUCUAACGUGUAGAUGAGUUUAUUAGCUUACGUUUUAGAUUUGAUUAGAGAGAAAUCAAUUGAUUGUAAGAACCCUCCACCGUCACAUAGUGGCUCCGGGGCUUUGUAGUUGUAAAUUUUUGUAUACAGCAACCUAUUUAAAUUGAUAUGAUAAAUUUAUUUAUA